AUGAAUGGUCGUAGAGGUACCUCUGUGCUACUGUUUUCCUUCCGGAUGGUAGUGGAGGUACCUCUAUGCUUCUGUCUUCAAAUGACCCAACUGCCUACGGAGCGAGCUAAACCGAAAAUGAUGAAUGAAAUAUGUAUUAAUGGGAGCAAAAGAGCUGAAUCAAUCGCACCAAAAAUUAAGGAGCUAUUCGAUGCAGUACGGAAGGGUGAAACUGAUAAGGUCAACCAGUGGUUAGCGAACAAGCGAAAUAAAAGGCCUCGAACGCCUUUAAAGUUUGUUCGACCUUUUUUUUUAAAAUCUUUUUUGCGGCCACUAACACCACAAAUUUCAUCGUCGUUACGUAGCAUUGUUGACCCAUCAAACGGCUAUACGACUCUCCAUUUGGCUGCUUUACAAGGACAUUCUGAUAUAAUCAAAAUAUUGCUGGAUGCUGACUCGCAAAUGAUUUCUGUUAGAGAUCGACGUGGUUGUCUUCCAAUACAUUUGGCUGCGUGGAAUGGCCACCACCAAGUUGUAAAGAUUCUAGUGGAAUUGGAAGCGGAGAGUGUUAAUUCUGUUAACAAUGCUAAGGAAUCUCCGCUUCAUUUGUCAGCUCAACAUGGACAUACUAAAGUCGUCGCUAUUUUACUCGCUAAACAUGCCGAUGCACGAUUCCGAAAUGCACGUUCAGAAACGGCAUUAGAUAUUGCCGCAAAGUUGGGCAAGGCUGAUGUGUGUCGCCUUAUCAUAUGUAAUUGCCCUGAAUUGGCUUUACAAAGUGCCGCCGAUUGUUCUUUAACAGAUCCGUCGAAGGUGAAACAAAAUUUUCAUGUUGUUUACCCGUUACACGCAGCUGCUCGCCACGGUCAUAUUGACUGCCUUCAAAUUUUAUGUCAGUCAGGAUUUGAUAUUAAUUACGUAACUGAUGAAGGAAGUGCACUGCAUGUUGCUGCAUUGUUUGGUAAAGUUCAGGCUGUCAAAUUGUUACUUGAAAAAGGCAUAAAUACUGAUUUGCGUGAUUGUCAAGGUCGAACUGUCUUAGAAACAUUAUAUGAACAUGAAAACCAAAAAGCUUCCGAUUUGACGCAGGUGAUUCAGAGUCGUGAAGGAUGGUUGGAAUGUCGCAAAAUUAUUCAAGCAUAUAUCAAUGAGAAAACGAAUAUUAACGAAGGAUCGCAUACGAUGGAAAAUAAUUCUAUGGUCCAGAUUAAUAGCAAUGUGUAUCAAAAUAUAACGAAAAAUGGUCCGGAAUCAAAUGAUGUUAUUUGGCGAUCGAUUCCGGAGGGGUCAUCCGCACGUUCUCGUAAUCUUACAUCGCAUUUUGAUUUAAUCCGAAACGCAGCUGCCAUUAAUGAUUCCUUUUAUUAUCCAUCAUCUAUACAAGCUGAUCUUGUAUCGUGCGAUUUUGAUGAAGAUUAUAAUUCAGUAACUGAGAAUUCAUCUUCAACAUUGUUGGAAAUUUCAGAUUACAAUUCGAGUGGUCAACUUUCGCCAUCUUGUGAUUCAACUUCGUGUUCUUCAAUAAAACAUUUACCUGUUUUUCCCGUAACAUCUCCUAGAAAUAAAACUCGCCAUACUGCAUCCAGUAGAAGUGGUAAUUUACUUCCAAAAAUGGGAAUAGCUAGGCAAAGUGCUAGCUGUUCAUAUCAAGCUCCACAGGCAUAUGAUUCUUGGACUUCUCGGCACUUACCUUAUGACAAUAUAUUCUUACCUUCUUAUCCAGUAAUGGCAUAUGAUAAUGUUCCUCGCAAUUUAUUAUUUUAUGAUAAUGCUCCUCCUCCAGGGCAUCGAAGAUGGGAUCAUACUUGUCAUUCGUCAGGUAAAUCGAUGGGUAGCGUUGGACAUAAAUUUAUUACAACUCCAUCUAAUAUGCAUAAUGAUGGAAGAAAAACGAUGCCUACUGCGAGGUCUUAUCGUCCACGAACCGCACUCCAAGAUGUCCAGUUUAAACUACAACAGCCAGAACUUCAGUCGAAUCCAUUUGGCGAACUCAAUGAAUCCCUUAAAAAUAUCAAUGGGUCAAAUACAAAUCAUGAUAGGAGAUCUGAUAGUAAAAUAUCAGUUGUUACGUUUGCCUGCUCAUCACUUGAAGGAUCUUCAGCUUCACCUGAUGACAUAGCGAGUAAAGCAUCAUCGGCAACUAAUGUAUUAUCGUCUGGUCGUGCACCAUUGGCCAUUCCCGAAGAAGUUUCCGUUUCUACGUCAACAAGCAUUAUAUCAAUAUCAACAAAUUCUGAUCAAAAUAUGCAUGAAAAUGAAUUUUGUGAGAAACAAAAGAAGUCAACCAGAACUUUAUCAGAUGAAACUUCUGUUUCUGCUUCAUCAUCAACUGUACGACCUGAGGAUGCAAGUUGUAGUUGUAAAUGUGAUUCGCGGAAGUCUUGUGAAUUAACUAGUGAUUCAGGAUCUAGCAGUCUGAAUGGAUAUAACUUAGAUGAUUUACCAAGUCCCGAGACAGCAGAAUCAAGAAUUCGCGAUUUUCUUUGUAACCAAUUGAAUAUUGAGAAUGAGUUUAACAGUUUAUCUCUUAUCUCUGCGCCAAAUAAAUCACAGAUAACUGAAGAUAUAAUUUUAUCUCCUUCAGCUACAGAUUAUUCUGAUUAUACACUUGCUUCUUCUUGCUCACUUCCACUCAUAUCGAAAUCCUUAUCAUCAAAUCCUUCAUCAGUUGCAUCUCCGAAUAAAGAUAACGAUAAUUUUUCAAAGCCACCAAGUACGGACGAAUCUAUAUCUUCAGUUAGAAAUCGCAGUAUGUUGGACUCGAAAAAGUUUAUGGGCCUUGGAACAAGUGAUAAUGGUUGUCAAUUAUUUUAUUUUAUUCACGCAUCAAAAAAUGUUGCUCACUGGCUCAAUCUUGUUGUUGGUAUUCCUAAUCCAAAAGCCAUUGAAAUCGCCACUAUCUUGGAAAAUAACGGAUUUGAUAACGUUGACUUUAUGUUCAUCUACGUAUCAGAUUGGCUUCAUUCACUUGGCCUGGAAGAUUAUUUAGGAAUUUUCAUGAGAGGUGGUCUCACCACAAUGUUAAUCGUCUCAGCAGUAGAUCCCACUCAAAAGCAUUUGAAGAAUCUCGGCAUCUCUUUACUCGGUCAUCAAAAGCGAAUUUUAAAUUCACUGAGACAGGUUCAUUAUGACAAUGAUGCUGGGAAAACUUUAUCUGUAGUCUGUGAUGAUAAUCAUGGUGAAAUUAAUGGUGGACAAGAAAAUAGAAAUUCUGUACAAUUAAAUGUUCAAAAACCUUGUUCAAUAUUUGUUGGUGGACGGCAAACUGAGUGGCGUCAUUCUUCGUCAAAACUAAUUAGCGACUGUGUGGCUUAUUCAGCACAUUAUCUCGGGUCUGUGGAAAUUUCUAAUGUUGAAAGUACAGAAGAUUCACGUAGAGCAAUGGUCAAGUUAAAAAAAGAUAUUCGAGAAAUUACUAAAGUCCCGCAAGUUCUGCUAGAAAUAUCGGUUUAUGGAAUUCGAGUUCUGGAUACUAACACAAAGAAACUGAUCGCCGAGCAUGAAAUAACGCGGAUACAAAUAGUUUGUCAAGAUGAACGUGAUCUUAAUUGCUUCGCAUAUAUCUCGCAAGAUAAUGAUGGACACUUCUGCCAUAAGGAAAUAAUGAAAGACCCAUAUUGCAUAUUGCUUUUUCAGGAUGUUGCAACUGAAAUUAUUAUAACAUUAGGGCAAGCAUUUGAAGUUUGUUAUCGUAUCGCGAAUGGUACUUUCGAGGAAAAUCAACCAGUCGCUAUUCAUGCAAAUGAUGUUGAUCGAUAG